ACGUGCUCGAAAUUAUUGAGACUCACGGAGUGGUCUACGAAGGUUUCCCGGGAAAGAUAACCGCAACUUGUGAAGAAGGAAAACCUCUCUUCUCCGACUGUCUUCUCUACGUUCAAAUCUCCGUUCAUCCCCGUUUUCUCAAACAACUCUCUUAUCUGAGAUAAACUCGCAACUUUUCCUCACUGAAACACGCAAAAAAGGGUUUGUUUAUUUCCCUCACAAAAAGGAUUUAUUUUUUUUUUUUUCCUUCUGUUUUUUAUGGAAGAUCCCGCGAUUCAAAGAUUUCCCAGUCAACCUGCUCCCGGAACCCCAACUCCGUCUUCUUCAUCUUCGCAGCUGAAUCUAGCUCCGACUAUGUCCGACGAGGACUCAGCCCGUUCGCGCUAUAUCGAACGCCUGAUCAACGCCAACCACCACCCAUCGCCGUCGAGGACGAUCUACUCCGAUAGGUUUAUUCCCACCAGAACGGGCUCCAACUUCGGGCUCUUCCACCUCCCAGCGCCGCGACAGUCCAGCUCUUCGGAGGGCCGCGAGGAUAGCUCCACCAGCGUCUAUUCUACGCUCCUACGCACGGUUCUCUUCGGCCCUGAAUCUGGCGUCGUCUCGCCGGUUACGCCCGAGAAGAGGAGCGACUGGAUGAACCCCCCCAGCCGGAAUAUCUUCCGUUACAAGACGGAUACCUGCCAGGCUUUGCAUUCCCUUUUUCCAUUUGGGUCUGACGAUGCAAUGCCCGGGGUUAAUCAUAGCCCGGUAAAGGCUCCAAGGAAGAUCCCACGGUCGCCGUAUAAGGUUUUAGAUGCGCCAGCUUUGCAAGAUGACUUUUAUCUAAAUCUGGUGGAUUGGUCUACGCAUAACGUCUUGGCGGUGGGAUUGGGAAACUGUGUUUACUUGUGGAAUGCUUGUAGUAGCAAGGUAACCAAGUUAUGUGACUUGGGAGUCGACGACAGUGUCUGUUCGGUAGGGUGGGCUCAGCGCGGUACACACCUUGCUGUUGGUACCAGCAAUGGAAAAGUUCAGAUUUGGGAUGCAUCUCGGUGUAAAAGGGUAAGAACUAUGGAGGGUCAUCGACUACGUGUCGGGGCCUUAGCUUGGAGUUCAGCUCUUUUGUCUUCUGGUGGCCGGGACAAGAGUAUUUUUCAACGAGAUAUACGUGCUCAGGAAGAUUUUGUUAGUAAACUCUCUGGACACAAGUCAGAGGUUUGUGGACUAAAGUGGUCUUAUGAUAAUCGUGAAUUAGCAUCUGGAGGCAAUGAUAACAGACUUUUUGUUUGGAAUCAAAAUUCAACUCAGCCCGUGCUGAAAUACUGUGAGCAUACAGCAGCAGUUAAAGCUAUUGCAUGGUCUCCCCAUGUUAAUGGACUUCUUGCAUCAGGGGGAGGAACUGCAGACCGAUGCAUUCGUUUCUGGAAUACAACCACAAACUCACACUUGAGUUGCAUGGACACUGGAAGUCAGGUAUGCAAUCUUGUUUGGUCCAAGAAUGUCAAUGAACUUGUCAGCACCCAUGGAUACUCCCAAAAUCAGAUAAUAGUUUGGAGAUAUCCUGCCAUGUCAAAGUUGGCAACUCUUACGGGCCAUACAUAUCGAGUUCUCUAUCUUGCCAUCUCACCUGACGGACAGACCAUUGUCACAGGAGCUGGAGAUGAAACACUUAGGUUUUGGAAUGUGUUCCCCUCCGCUAAAUCACAGGUAAAUGAUCCAUUAGAUGAGUCUGAAAUUUUUGGUGGAUUUGAUGCUUUCAUUUAGGUCCUAAGUCUGGUCUCCCUCCAGUUCAAUUGCUGUUGAUAUUGAUAUCCUUCACCUUAAGAACUGUUUCUCAACUCCAGCAGUUAUCCCCUCCUGUACAGUUUUACUGCUUGUAGUACACAUCCUUUGGAGAGGUACAACAAUUAUUUACUGAGGUAAAAGUGUGGACAAGUGUUUUGUAUUUAGUUUUGCUUUUUCAGUGGAAAAUGGCCAGUUCACCUUCAUGCAGUACCUAACUAAAUACAUGCAUGGAGCACAUACAUACAGCAAACAUCCCUGGUCACAUCUGGUUGUUUCAUGCUUCUUUCCCUGCACCUUUUGUACCUUCAACUCUAUUGAGGACUGGAGAAGCAUCAAUGGGCAAAGAACUGUAUCCAUAUAACUGAUCAUAACCUAAGCUCUGCAUCUAUUUCCAGUUUGGCACCUUGGUAAUAAUAUCUGGAUCAAGUAGCUUGCAGUAGUGAAGAUAAAAACAACUCAUAUGAAUGUAAAUGUUAAUGCAGAACACAGACAGCGAGAUUGGAGCAUCAUUUCUGGGAAGAACUACAAUUCGAUAAUCAUCGCCGACAUUUGGCUUAAGGGAAAUAAUUCGAUUGUUUAUACCAUGUAUUGACAUCUCUGUCAAUGGGGAAUACGACAGAUUAUUAUUCCUCGGGUUCAAAAUUUAUUUUGUGCUAAGAGAGACUCAAGUUGGUCUGCUUGACCCAACCCACAUUAUGCAGAGAAUUUGCAAGGACCUAACCAUGCUAGGAUGGGAGUUGGAAGUGAUGGAACAUCCCUGGUUUCUUGCAAUCUAGUGACUUUGGACUUCUUUUUCACACGAGCAGUUCUUUUUUUUUUCUUUUUUUUUUCUUUUUUUUUUUUCCUGGAGGAGGUGUUAAACAAUUAUUUUAACAGCUCCGUUGUAUAUUUGAAGAGGAAGAAUACUAGCAUGGUCUGACCAUGGCAUGCUUCUGUAAUAUAUGUAAAUGACUAUCAUUUUCUUUCUCA